AUGUCGUCGUCGCCACUUUCGUCAUGGUCUGUCCGGUACGACAGCAUCGAGCCCAGCGUCACAAAGCUGUCCGCUAUACCUGAUGCGCUGAUUGGAUACAUGGAUCCGAAAACCAUGUCCAAGUACGAGCAUAGCAGCUCGAAAAAAGUCGGUGUCGUGGAGACAUCGGGCAUUCAGCAGGCCAAGGCGUGGGAGCUCGCCAUGUCUCCGGCGAAGACUUUGCCCAUGAACAUGAUGAUGAUGUGGAUGAGUGGUAGUAGCGUGCAAAUUUUCAGCAUGAUGGUCGUGGCCAUGAUGAUCACCAACCCCCUCAAGGGCAUCACCUCGAUGAACCAUGCGUUUGCCCCCUAUCGCUCGCCGACGCACUCGCUUCUCCCACAAAUGAUCGUAUUUGUCCUAUGCCACCUGAUGGGUGUGGCACUCGGUGUAUACAAAUGCUGGAACAUGGGCCUACUUCCGACCGAAAGCAGCGACUGGCUCGCAUGGUACGAGGCACCAAUACCCCUGGAGGUGUCUGCUAGUCUAGCUAUGUAG